GCAACUCACGCUAUCCCUCUCCACCAUGGCCGUUAAUCCGAACGAAGAUACGGAAUUCAACGAUGCCCUCCGCAAGUACGGCAUCAUCCCUCCCAAGGAAACCACUCCCCCUACCCCUUCACCUCCGAGUUCUCCAAAGCUACAAGACGUACUCGACGAUCUUACUCCAGAAGAGCUCAGAGAACUUGGUGAAGAGGUCACGGAUGAUGACCUUGAGCGCAGUGUCGAUUCAUACCGGAGGCAACGAUUAGCUGAGGACCGACUGCAGCAGAAACGCGCUCGCUUUGGGAGAGUCUAUCCCAUCGGACGCGAUGAUUAUACCAGGGAAGUCACCGAGGCUAGUAAGAUAAACGAAGAGGGCGAUGAAGAAGAGAAAGGCACGGGCGUGAUCUGCUUCUUGUACAAAGAUGGAAUUCCUCGGAGCGACAGAACUUCUGAACAUAUACAAAAUCUAGCAAGUCGAUAUCCACAUUCAAAGUUCGUGUCAAUCGUGGGCAACAAAUGCAUCGCAGACCUCCCAGAUUCUCGAAUUCCUAUGUUGAUUAUAUACCGCAAGGGGGAAAUACGGAAUCAACUUAUUGCAUGGGGCGCAGAUCGUGAAAGGCAGCUUGAAGAACUCGAGGCACUUCUGAUCUUAUUUGGCGUCUUAGAGCCUCCCCUGCGUGGGCCACUCGGCGAGCAACGAGCGCACGAUGGCGACGACUCUGAGCAAGAGGACGAUGAUCCAUAUUCUCGCAUGCGGUCUGCUGCCACGAGUACGAAUGCUCGGGCACCGAAAAAUAUACGGGGACAAACGAAGAAAGACGACUCGGACUCGGAAUUUGAAUUUGACAUGUAGUGUAAUGUUAUGAUGACAAGGUCGGGAGUUCCACCGUACACUAGCUACGAGGUCAGAUGCGACGGCACCAGUAGCCAGCAAGGUCUUCAUCCUCAUUGACUUCGGUGAAUUACUUUCAUUUAUACAACUCACAAUUCCUUGCGUCCUCCUGCCUACUUUUCAUGCCGCUGACUUUCUUGUUCCACCGUCUUUUAGAAGCCGAACCUAUCCCAAUGGCUUGCGUGGCCGUUGCCAGGGCUUGCGCCAUUGUCUCCUCUUCUGAGUAAUACAUCUUUCCAUCGUCGUUGCUUUCCCUCACAUCCGAGGCAC